GUCCGCCGCAGGUUUCCUGUGUGUGUGCGCGUGCGCGCGCGCGUGUGCGUGUUCCCAUUUGUUUGACAGCGCGUUCGGUCACGUAGAGGAUCCCCGAUCAUGUCUUUCAAUCUGUCGUCAGCUGUAGGUGGCAGUGAAGAUGUGGUGAAGAAGGAAGAAGCUCAGAAGGAUGAGCUUUCAUGGCCCUGGAACAAGAAUAAGGACAAGGAGGGCAGCAAGGGCAAGUCCGGCAAAGAUGACAAGAAGCACGAGUCCGACAAGAAGCACGAGUCCGACAAGAAGCACGAGUCCGACAAGAAGCACGAGUCCGACAAGAAGCACGAGUCCGACAAGAAGCACGAGUCCGGCAAGGACAAGUCCGACAAAAAGCACAAGUCAAAGGACGGAGAACACAAAAAGAAAAGGGACAAAGGUGAAGGAAAGAAAUCUGGCUCGUCCUCAUCGUCCUCCUCCAGCAGUGACGAGAACUGAUGCUUCCCGCGUGGCCUUGGAAUGACCUCGUCAAUUAAACAAAGUGACUUUGUGCCGGUGUACCAAACGGUCCUUGAUGUGUCAACACGGCUUGUGAUCCCUAGAAAUAAAUGUUCAGACACCUU